UCCUUUGUUUCCCAGUUAUAUGAAAAGUACGGCGUCACCAUGAGCGGGGUAUUGAAAAGGAAGUAUGAAGAGCUGGGGGAUGACAGUACCUACUGCUCCUCCUCCUCCUGCUCCCCCCUCUCCUCUUCAGCGUCUUCAGGCUGGGAGACUGACGAGGAGAGCUCCCGCGGAGAGCCCAAGCCUAGCUCUGCCUUAACGCCCAGCUUCACCCCCACGUCUAUCCUGAAGAAAUCCAAGCGACUAAAGAAGAACAAUGUGGAGUUUGACCGGGUCACUGUGUUUUACUUCCCACGCUGCCAGGGGUUCACAAGCGUGCCUAGUCGCGGGGGCUGUACCCUGGGGAUGGUGAGCAAACACAGCUCCUCCCGGCAAUUCACGCUAGCGGAGUUUUCAAAGGAACAGGAAAACGUUCGUCGGGUGAAACUGGAAGAGAAAUUGAAAGAGGAGAAGUUGGAGGCAUUGAAAUGGAAACUAACCAUGAAUGGCACGAAGGAGUCAGAGGAGGCCAACCAGCUCACUAUUGAAGACAUCUCUGACGACGACAUCGACGUCAGCAACGUGGACCUGGAGGACGGCUUCUUCCUCCAGCCCUACCCUGCCAAGAAGAGACGUGCGCUGCUGAAAGCCGUGGGGGUGAAGAAGAUCGACAAGGAAGAGAAGCGGGAGCUGCACAACAUCCGCCUGUCCCGGGAGGACUGCGGCUGCGACUGCCGGGAGGUCUGCGACCCAGAGACCUGCAGCUGCAGCUUGGCAGGCAUUAAAUGUCAGAUGGAUCACACCUCCUUCCCCUGUGGCUGCACCAAGGAUGGCUGCGGCAACACUGAGGGCAGGAUCGAGUUCAACCAGGCCCGCGUGCAGACCCACUUCAUCCACACCAUCAUGAAGCUGGAGCUGGAGAAGCAGCAGCAGAGCAGUGAGAAGGUGGCAGAGGCCGAGCCCCCCUUUUGGGAACGGCUCCCACAGUUGGGAUGUGCAACAGCAAAGGGCUCGUUGGAGGAGCGUGCGGUGCCGCUGGCACCCGCCUUCCAGUUCAGCCCUGACCUGGAGGCCUUGGGGGAGAACAGCUGCAGCAGUGACAUGACAGAUUCCUCCAUCUCCUCCCACCCCAGUGAGGACCUGGAGGAGCCCUACGAGAGCCUCCCCUCUGACAAAUCCCAGUCGGAUGUGGAUGACGAUGGCUUGGCACGCAUCCUCCACUUCAACGACUCGGAUGCCGAGGAAGAGGGUGGCCAUGGUCAUGAUGACCUGAGCUGCUUCCACCCCACUGAUUUCUUCAUCGAGGACCAUGCCGAUGAGCCUAAGCCUAUCCCUGGCCACUUGCCCCACCUCUCUGAGUGCCUGGAUGAGAACGCCAACCAGGACAGUGGUGGUUUGCUGGAGGAUGCUGCCCAUGCGCGGUGCGAUGGACUGUCCUGCUGCACCUCAUCCCCAGCUGAGCCCUGCUCCAAGAGCUACGCUGACCUCAGCCUUUCCUCAGACUCCUUGGAUUUCUUCCAGUCCUUCUCAGACUAUAACUUGGGACCCCUUUACAACUCCUUGAAGGAGUACGAGAACCUUGAUAACUUCUCAGCGUUACAGUUUCAGUUGCCUAAUUUUCCAGGUUUCCCACAAGCCGGAGACCAGGGCUCCUGUUUCUUGGAGUCCCUUAUCGGUUUGUCCGAAUCUGUCCCCGAAACCCCAGCCCCUUUCACAGACAAUCAACUUUUGGAGGAUGCCAUCAAGUCAUCACUGAUGGAGACGGUGAAAGUGUGAAACGCCCGUGUGGCUCGAGCAGCAAGGAACAGCCUGAAGGAAAACCGAAGUGGGCAGACUUGCACCAAAAGGAUGAUGCGUUACUCAAAAUUAAGGAGAAAACAAAUCAAACAGAAAAGGACUUUCUAAGCAAACAAACUAUUUUUGGUCUUUGUAGAACGUGGACGUUUUGACAUACUGCAGCUACAAUCAGUUCUCUCACUGUUUGUGCAAGAAUUUGUAAACUUUCAUGAUGGGGUGGGGUGGGGAGGGAGGGAGGGAAAAAGGCUUUCACGUAUGAGUUUCCUUGUGUUUUGUAUGAAAAGACCUGUUGAGAAAUACUCCUCGCUAACAUUGCCAGUCGUACACACAGCCCCUUCUAGAAAUGUCUCAGUGUUGCAGGAACUUCUUAAGGCAACUUUUUGAAGCUGUAUUUAUUGUGAAAAUUGUGGUUUGCGUAAGAGUUAGCCCAGCAGGCUCUUGCGUUUAAAUCGGACAAGGUUUACAGAAGAGAUCCAUACACUUAUAUACAUAAUCAUUCUUCAUCUAUUUAUUGCAAAUUCCAGAAUUUAACUAGGCACCGAAGCUUGAACUAGCAUGGAACCUUAUUUAAAUUGGGAAUACCUCAGAUGUAUUAUGUGUACAAUCAUGGUUUUUUUGCAUAAUAUAUCUGUAUUUAUUUAUUUUCUACCUGUAGUACAUGAAUAGCACUGUGGUUUGUCAGUGACCUGGAAGGGCAAUAAUGUCUUCAGCAGCACCCAUCCUAUAGAUGACCAUGGAUUUUCUGAGUCUGAAAGAUGUUAGCUGUUUGGUCUUCACCUCACAUUUCCAAAAGAGCCAAAUGCAAGCCUGGGAGGGAUGGGACAAAUGUUUGUUCAACAUCCUUUGGUUUCUAUCGGUAGACGUGAUGAUGGUGUCUGAUCUCCAUAAUAUUGUGAUGGAGAUCACAACACACAAAACCUUCAACUAUUCAAGAAAUAGCAUGAACUAGCUCUAAACAAACAAAACCAACCCAAAUCUUUCUUAUAAAUUAUUUAAUAAUUUAUUUAAUCUCUUAAGGAUUUGGCCAUGAGAUCUUUCCUGAUCAAUUAUGGUGCCUGAAUAUGCAGAGGAACUGUUAGCAAGGGUGGGGAUGUAACUAGAAGGACCUUUGCGGCCCCAGGGGGUCUUUGGGAGAGCAAAGCCAACAACAGCAACACUGUGCUCAUGCUCCUCAGCGAGUGCUCCUCAACAUCAAAGGUAUCACAGCUCCAAAAUCUAGUGGGUCAGACUAUUUAUACUAUAUAUUUUUUCUAUAGGUAAAUCAGGUAAAUCGAGUAAAAGAGGUGGAUAUGAAGGUUAUUAGGUUAUUUAUCUUUUGAGUACGGUUUUACAGAAAAGAAAGAAAAACAGCUGAAAAGAAAGCUUGAAAACCUUGAAGGCUUUUGGUUUAUAGAGAUUACCACGUUUAGGAAGAAUAUUAGAGGCCCUCUUGUUAUUUAAGUCAGUUUGAGAACAUGACACUAUUUGGCCAUGAGAUGUAACUGGACAUAAAACUUGUACGUCAGUGAGACACUAAGUGCCUGCACCAGUGGUAUGUUAAAAAACCAGCAAUGGCUUUUAAACCUACCAGCUUUAAAUCCCAUCUUGGCAAAUGUGAGAUUUGGUGGUGGGAAUGAUCCCUGGCACUACCGGUACUGAGGGAGGUGGCAGCUUUGGUGUCCCGUCCCUGCUGCUGUGGGAGUGGGAUGGCGGGCUGUCCUGGUUUUGGAAGCUCCUGCAGGUGCAGAGACACCCAGACAGGUGGAAAACCCCAAAAUAUGGAUUUGAGGAUUUUUCCAUUGUCUGAAGUGUUUAUAUCCCCGACAGCAGGGAUGGUGAUGCUCUUGGGUACCUGCUAUUCCUGCCAGCAAUUUAGGGAACUUCUGGCGUAUGAAUAUGGUGAAGGCUGGGUUGCUUGGGUGUUUUUAAUCAUUAUUAUUACUAUUUAAUUGUACAUUUCUCUGGUAUUGAGCCGGUCAACUUGGAAGUGGAGCUGACCUGCUGUGGCUGUGAGUGGGUGCUCGCCCUGUGCUCGCUGCCACAUCCUCCUGCAAAGCAUCACUCCCGGAGACCUCCCCGCCGGGCAGGAGGGUGACUGUAGGAAUACUACUGGCAGAUGGAGGAUUUCCUGGAUAUAUAUAUAUAUAAUUAUUGUUAUUAUUAUUAUUGUUAAUAUUUUUUGUUGUUGUCCUUUCUUUAGACUGAAAAAUCCCAUUCAGUUAUCUCCUAGGUGGUAGUUUCUAUCCUUCAGACUGCAUCAAAAAUACUGACAGUUGAAAGUCUGGUACCAUUCUGUAUUUAUUGGCACUAAUAUUUUAUAACAUUCCUAGGUUUCUCUGCAUAUAUAUAUAUUUAUAUAUAUAAAAUAUAUACAUAUAUUUUAUAUAUAUAUACACACACACACACUUUUUUUAAUGAAUGACUGGGAUAGACUCCUGCCUUUGUGGAUUCUUUUUUUUCUGUAAUUUAUUCUUUUUAUUUGUGUUGGUGCCAAAAGAAUUAAGGAAAAAAAAAAAAAGAUUUUUUUAAUCUUUUCCUUUCCCCAGGGCACUGAAUUGUAAAUAUAUUUUUUUUUUCCUUCUUGGUAUCUGUGUAAAAAGUUGCCUGUUAAACAGUUUAAAAACUGGGUAUUUAUUGACACAAUCUGUAAUUAUCUAAUGUAUUGAUUGAAACGCUUUGGUUUCAACAUAGCUUUAUUUUAGCUUUCUUUGUGUAUAUAUUGUGAUUAUGUUGCUUAAAGGUACAAGUUAAAAAAAAAUGCUUUAUUUUUACCUUAUUCAUUUGCAUUUGUUUAUAAAAAAAAGCAUAUUUGUCUACAGCUGCUGUCUCUCAUUUCAUCAAAGCAAUAUGAAGAAAUUUCCAUUACACUUUCAAUAAAAGAAUUUUGUUUGAA